CCUCUUAUCGUUAUUUCACUGAAAUGAAACUAAAGAGAUUCUAAACUCAGGAAACACAUUCUACUUAGUUUAGGUAAAGAGUCUUUUGGUUAUUUUAUACACAGAGAUCAUAGAAAACAACAUAAGUGCCAACAGAAAUGGCUUCCUGCAGCAGUCUCCUGUCUGAAGAUCAGUUCCUAUGUUCUAUCUGUCUGGAUGUGUUCACUGAUCCUGUCACUAUUCCAUGUGGACACAACUUCUGCAAGGCCUGUAUCACCAAGUACUGGGACAACAGUGACCUGUGUCAAUGUCCCAUGUGCAAAGAGAACUUUGAUAAGAGACCAGAUCUUCGUGUCAACACUUUCAUCUCUGAGAUGGCUGCUCAGUUCAGGAAGCCAGAGCCACUGAAAGCUACCAUCAGUUUAGACCUGCGUCCUACUAAACCUGAAGUGUCAUGUGACAUCUGUACAGGUACCAAGCUCAAGGCCCUGAAGUCCUGUCUGGUGUGUCUGGCCUCUUACUGUGAGACUCACCUGGAGCCUCAUCAGAGAGUUGCAGCCUGGAAGAAACACAAGCUGAUCGACCCUGUGGAGAACCUGGAGGACAGGAUGUGUCAGAAGCAUGAGAGACCCCUGGAGCUGUUCUGUAGGACUGACCUGAUGUGUGUUUGUCGGUUCUGCACUGAGAAAGACCACGAGACCCAUGACACUGUUCCUCUAGAGGAAGAGUUUGAAGAGAGGAAGACUCAGAUGAAGAAGACAGAGGGAGACAUGCAGCAGAUGAUCCAGGAGAGACUGGAGAAGGUUCAGGAGAUCAAACUCUCAGUAGAGACCAGCAAGAGAGAUGCAGAGAGAGAGAUAUCAGACAGUGUUCAGGUCUUCACUGUUCUGGUGCGCUCCAUUGAGAGAAGCCAGGCUGAGCUCAUUGAGGUGAUUGAGGAGAAGCAGAAAGCAGCAGAGAAACAGGCUGAAGGUUUAAUUCUAGAUCUGGAGCAGGAGAUCACUGAGCUGAAGAGGAGAAGCACUGAGCUGGAGCAGCUCUCACACACUGAGGACCACCUCCACCUGCUCCAGAGCUUCCCAUCCCUGAGCACCCCUCCACACACCAAGGACUGGUCUGAGAUCAGUGUUCACAGUGGUCUGAGUGUGGGGGCAGUGAGGAGAGCUGUGUGUCAGCUGGAGGAGACACUCAAUAAAGAGAUGGAGAAGCUGUUAGACACUGAACUGAAGAGGAUUCAGCAGUAUGCAGUGGAUGUGACUCUGGACCCUGAUACAGCACAUAACAAACUCAUCCUGUCUGAGGAUGGGAAACAAGUGAGAGAUGGAGACAUGAAGCAGAAUCUCCCUGACAACCCAGAGAGGUUUGAUCGUUGUCCCUGUGUCCUGGGAAAGCAGGGCUUCUCCUCAGGUAGGUUCUACUAUGAGGUGCAGGUUGAGGGGAAGACUGAGUGGGAUCUGGGAGUGGCCAGAGAGUCCAUCAACAGGAAGGGGGAGAUCACAGUGAGUCCUGAGGAUGGAUACUGGACUGUAUGUCUGAGGAAUGGAGAUCAGUACAAGGCUCUGGCUGGCCCCUCUCUCACCCUCUCCUUGAGACAGAAGCCCCAGAAGGUGGGGGUGUUUGUGGACUAUGAGGAGGGUCUGGUCUCCUUUUAUGACGUUGAGGCCAGGUCUCAUAUCUACCCUUUCACUCGCUGCACCUUCACUGAGAAACUCUAUCCAUUCUUCAGUCCCUGUCUGAAUGAUGAAGGUAGAAACUCUGCCCCUCUGAUCAUCACUCCAGUCACAACCUCAAAAACACAGAUGUGGAAAUCCUGGAGUUCAAAAGGAAAUGUCAUAAAAAAAUAUUAAUCUGAAAAAAAAAACAGUUGUUGAUUUGCUGGAGACAAAGUAAUGUAGAUUUUCAAACAUUUAUAAAAACUGUAAACAGAGGCAGUGCUCCCCUGGCUCAAAGGGUAGAGUGUGUCUCACAGACUAAGGACUUGACUCAUAGACUAGGGUUCAGGUCCAGCCUGGACUGUUUCCUGCUUUUCUCUGUUUCUUACUACCUUCCCUGUCACUCUUUCACGGUCUGUAUCAAAUAAAGGCAAAUAAUCAGGUAAAUGAUAAUCUUAAAAUAGGAAAUAUUGUCUAGUCUCAAGUAAUAAUAUGUUUUAUGAAAUAUGGCAAUGAAAUGUCACCUAAAUGUACCAGUGAACAAAUGAAAUAAAAUGACCUAAAAUGCAAUAAAUGAAUA